ACACCAAACCACUAAGUUAGCUUCCACGUUGCACGAAUAAUACCAAAAACAACUACUGACAAAACAGAGAAAAAUGAGAUGUAUUUAUACGGUGCGAGAAUACUUUCUAAAAGUUAACAAACGAAGACACCUCCACAUGCGUUGCAACAAAUUUUUCCCAUUACGUUAAUCCCACGGAGCAAAUAUAAAGGGGGCAAUUAAUUAUUAUUCUCAACAAGCAAAACAACUUGACAUUUAGACUCGGCGCGUUUUGAAAUUCCACAUCCCAUACGGAGAUUGUAAAAAAUGAAAGCAAGUUGGCCUUGAUCUUUUGCGGCAACAUACGUUCGUCCAACGUCCGAAACGGUUGCGUUCCCGUGUGAAAGCGUGUUGACCCUGAGACUCCUACCUGCACGGUUGUCUGGCGACAACAUCGCGUCUAUUCAAAUCGGCGUUGGUGCUUGUGGGUAGAAGACCUUUCGACUUUUAAUUCAACCAUGGAAGGGAGUGCAUGUGUAUAAAUACGUUGCAUGUGUAUUAUAGACUAUAUUCAGUGCAAUGAAUAGAGAAGUGCGAUGUCCAUUUCCCUACGACCCUACAACUGAAAAAAUCGCGGUUUGUCCGUAUAACAAGUCGCAUAUUAUGUUGGCGCAUCGCUUAGGGCGUCACAUAUUCAAAUCACACAAAGAGUACCGGGGGUUAGAAUUCCCGGUACGACAUGAAACGACAAGGGAACAUCACCAGCAGCAGGAGCAACCCGGUGGAUCAAAAGAAACAAAGGAGCAGCAGGAGUACCCGGGUGGGUGGUCGACGGAGUGGGACGGCGAGGAGUGCACUUCGUAUUUAGAUUUCCUCCGGGAACGGGAAGAAGAACAACGCAAGGAACAGGAACAAUGGGAUGGUCGACUGAAUCGACAUAAAAAGAAGAAGAAACUCCUCGCCAGACCAAUUUUAUAAAUAAAAUAAAAUAAAAU